CUCAGCUCAGAGCCUGAAGGGGGAGGGGCUUCUGAACCCGGAAGAACCCUCUUCGCUUUCUUCGUGUUCCCUAGCAGCGGAAUCCUGUGAGCUAGGUUGGAGUUUCCUGGAGAAUUUGGUAGGUACGGACUGGUUUCCGUUUCCGGUUAGGCUCCUUGAAGUUCUGCGGAAGGGUCAUCUAACUGCUAGGGCCUUUGCGAAGUAGAGUAACUGUUAGGAAUAAUCGGAGUUCUCUCUGAACAAUACUUGGCACAUUUCUUAUGUGGCCAUUAUAAGAAGCAUGGGGCACGGACAUGAACAUGGCAAAAUGGUGUUUCCGGAUUACAGAGUCUGGAAGGUAGAAGGCACUCCCCUACAAGAGGUCCAGGAAAGGUUGGCUCGGCGUGGUCUGAAGGAUCCAUGGCUUCGCAACGAAGUAUGGAGGUAUAAGGGUGUCUUUGAAAAACCUGUCACUGUCAUGGAAGUUUUUGGCAAAGGAUUCAAAUGGGGAUUUGCAGCUUUUGUCAUAGCUCUUGCGGUUGAGUAUACGUUUUUCCCUCCAAAGAAAGAUGAUGGGCACCACUGAAGAUCUUUUUUUUUCUCUUCCAAGUUCUGAAUCAAUAGUUGUGUUUUGACUUUGCAUAGAAAGAUGCCUAUUAAAGUACUUCAACAAGUA